CUUCAUACUUUCCCAUCUCAUUUCUCCCGGAAAUUUCUCCUUCUUUGUCCCAUUUCUAAUGAAAAUGGCUAUGCAGAUUCUUCUUACCCGCAUCGCCUCCAUUCUUCUCUUAACCAUCACCCACUUCGUUGACGCAAGAAUCCCCGGUGUUUACACCGGCAGUGCCUGGACAUCUGCUCACGCCACCUUCUACGGCGGCAGCGACGCCUCCGGGACAAUGGGGGGAGCAUGUGGGUACGGAAAUCUGUACAGUCAAGGGUACGGUGUGAACACGGCAGCUCUUAGUACAGCUCUGUUCAAUAACGGGUUAAGCUGCGGUGCUUGUUUCGAGAUCAAAUGUAACGACGACCCACAAUGGUGUCACCCCGGUAGCCCAUCUAUCUUCAUCACAGCUACUAACUUCUGCCCACCAAAUUACGCCCUUCCCAACGACAAUGGAGGUUGGUGCAAUCCUCCUCGACCCCAUUUCGAUCUAGCCAUGCCUAUGUUCCUCAAGAUUGCCGAGUACCGCGCCGGAAUUGUCCCUGUCUCCUUCCGCCGUGUGCCGUGCCGGAAGCAAGGAGGGAUAAGGUUUACGAUCAAUGGGUUCAAGUACUUCAACCUGGUGUUAAUCAGUAAUGUCGCUGGUGCCGGGAAUAUUGUGAGGGUGAGUGUGAAAGGGACUAAGACAGGAUGGAUAAGUAUGAGCCGUAACUGGGGACAAAACUGGCAAUCAAAUGCAGUCCUGGUUGACCAAGGGCUAUCAUUUAGAGUCACCGGAAGUGACCGCCGGACCUCUACUUCUUGGAAUAUCGUCCCAUCGAAUUGGAAUUUCGGGCAAACCUUCACCGGAAAGAAUUUCCGAGUUUAAGGAUAUGUUAACCCAAAAUUGGGAUAAUUAUAGCCAUUGAAUUGAGCUAUAUGUUUUUUCUUUUUUGUUUUGUGUGUGUCUUCAGAUGUGAGGGCUGAGGUGGCUGCAAGAAUUAACAAAGUUUAGUAGCCCGCAGCUUCAACACUUACAAUAAUUAUUAUUACUAUUAUUGUUCAACCUCUUUA